AACUGCUGGAAUGAAUACCUGAGCACCCGCAUCGAGCAGAACCUGGUCCGCACCUGUACGUGUCCGACCACCGACUGCCGGGCGCAACCAACGUCCGACUUCAUCCGCAACAUCAUCUCCUCCAAAGAGGUCAUCGAGAAGUAUGAGAAGGCUUUGUUGCGUGGCUUUGUGGAGAGUUGCUCUAACCUGACGUGGUGCACGAACCCCCAGGGCUGUGACCGUAUCCUGUGUAAGGAAGGGCUGGGGAGCGGGGCCGCCUGCGCCAAGUGCUCCUGGAUGUCCUGCUUUAAGUGCAGCUUCCCUGAGGCUCAUUACCCGGCCAGCUGCAGCCAUAUGUCCCAGUGGAUGGAUGACGGGGGCUUCUACGAGGGGAUGACCCUGGAGGCGCAGAGCAAACACCUGACCAAGCUCAUCUCCAAGCAUUGCCCCAGCUGCCAGGCUCCGAUCGAGAAGAACGAGGGCUGCCUGCAUAUGACCUGUGCCAAAUGUAACCAUGGAUUCUGCUGGCGUUGCCUGAAGCCCUGGAAACCCACACACAAGGAUUACUACAACUGCUCCGCCAUGGUCAGUAAAGCUGCCCGUCAGGAGAAGAGGUUCCAGGACUACAAUGAGAGGUGCACAUUACAGCAUCAGUCAAAGGAGUUUGCGGUGUCUCUGAGGAAUCGACUGAGCAUCCUCAAUGAAGAACCGCCCCUGCGGAACCUGAGCCUCCUCAUCACCGCCUGCAGGGUGCUGGAGAUGAGCCGCAAGGUCCUCGGUUACUCCUGUGUCUACAGUUACUAUAAUCAGGACUCGGAACGUCUCGAUGUUUUGGAGUCUCAGACAGAAAACUUGGAAUUCCAUGUGAACGCCCUUCAGAUUCUUCUCGAGUUCAGCCUUCUGCAGAGUGAGGACUUGGCCUGUUCUGUGCGGCUCCUCAGUCCUGACAAGUACAGCAGUGUCCUGGAGCUGGUCAGAAGAGUCCAAGAGCGACUGAACGGCAUCUUACAGCACUCCACCCAGGAUUUUUGUGUCGGAUUCCUGCCUGAUCUCAAUGAGAAGGAAAUGAAAGGAUCCAACCUGAGCAACAUGGCCGCCUUCCCUGGAGCCACAGAUAAUAAUGACGACUCCUCGGACUCGGUGGACACCGGUGACGAGCAGGAUGAGGAUUACGUUCCUGUUCCCAAUUACGCUCCUGCGUGGCACGAAGAAUACGACGACGAGCUGGACGAGGACGAAUUCUCCUACGAUGAAGACUAUGACUCCGAGAACCUGGAGCCGGACUCCUUCAUCUUUGAGGAUUAUGAUGGAGAAGCCUAGAAGUGACCCUUCCCCCUCUACAUUUCAGCGGCAGGAUGCCCCCAUAUCAGCCACGUCUUACGUUUUAUCCUCCCCCUUGUGCCUGGGUAGCGAUCACGUGGCGCGGCGCACGGCUAAUUCAUGGUUCACCUGAUGCCUCCGGUCCAGAUGACGGAGCUGGAAUUCUAUAAACCUUUAUAUUUAUAAUUAAGAGUUAUUUUUUAUUAAUCCUUUUACUUUGUCUCAUUGUGAUGCCCCAUUGUUAACCGUUUAAAGGGGGGGGGGAUUGGUGCCUCUAGUGGGCGAAGGUGCGAGGGGCAGCGGGAGGGC